AUGGACGCUCGAGGGCCCGGCGCGCGGUUCUCAGUCAACUUCAAUGGGAAACAAUACGACCUGGACCGCUUCAUGCGUGACCACCCUGGAGGAGUCAACACUCUCAAGUUUUACAAAGACAAGUCUAUAGUGCAAGUGAUGGCCAAGUACGGACAUAGUAACAGUGCGUACCAUAUGAUGAGUGACCUGAAAGUGGACAGUGCUCCGUUGAAGGAUGUGAACUUGACCGGUGCAGUGAGUGAGAACGGGAGGAUCAUUACCAAGGAGGAGGACACGAGGGACGUCGAGCAGAUCAAGUUUCUGGAGGAACUAGAGGCGCGGUUAGAUUGGUCAAAACCUCUUUUAUGUCAGUUGGAUGCCAUCGCCCCUCACUACGACACGUGGGUGAACUCAGCAGUGUAUAGGAAGUGCAGGCUCUUCGCCAGUCCUGUCCUGGAGAGCCUCACGUACACACCUUGGUACUUGGUGCCUAUGUUCUGGGUACCUAUCAUAUUGUACCUUGGGGUCACACAGUAUAUGGAGCUGGUUGCCUGUGGAGAUUCCUGCCAGCAGACGUCGCUGACAACCAUUCAGUAUAUCUAUCACAUAGUAUUAGGGAUAUUAUUAUGGUCUAUCCUGGAGUACAGUCUACACAGAUGGGUGUUCCAUCUCAAUCCAGGAUCUUCAGUCACGAUGAUUAAGCUACACUUUCUCAUACAUGGAAUGCAUCAUAAGGUUCCAUUCGACGGGCUCCGUCAGGUGUUCCCGCCAAUACCUGCGUUCCUGCUGUCAGUCGUGAUAUAUUCAAUAUUGCAGUUUUUCCUCGACUACUCAUACAUUAAACUCACUGGAGGACUCAUUGGGUACCUGACGUACGACAUGAUUCAUUACUACGUGCACCAUGGCUCGCCCCGUGACGGCACCUACCUCUACGCCAUGAAGAGGUACCACUCUAACCAUCACUUCAUCAACCAUGACAAAGCCUUCGGAAUCAGCAGUAAGCUGUGGGACAUUGUCUUCAGAACAUUUGUCCACGUAAAAAAGUUAGGUUUUAGCUUACAUUGGUAG